AUGAUUCAUCAUUUGAGAUUUGAAUGUGGUGUUGAUCCUCAAUUUAAAUGCCCGUAUUGUACCAAACGGACCAAUCGAUUGUCGACAACUGGACCAGAAGCUAGAUUUGUAUGUCCAAGAAACUGCGGUAGAACCUAUAAAUGGAAAGCUCAUUUAACAACACAUUUAAAGAAUGAAUGUGGUGUAUAUCCUAAAUUCAAAUGUCCAUAUUGUAGUAAAUUGUCCCAUCAGAAAUCAAAUCUUAAAAGACAUAUUCUAUGUGUUCACAACGUUUUGUACAAUGAUGCUUUGAUAGACUACAUCGAAGAUAUAUUUGUCCAAACCAGUGUGGUCAUAGUUAUACGAGAAAAGAUAACCUAA